UUACAGCGUCCACAGUUCUUUUGGUUUUCAUUUAGUAUUUCUCCCACACCAGUCUUUGAGCCACAAGUUCAUCUCUCUAAUCUGAUUUGUCCUCUCCUAAUUUGAAUGUGUCUUAGAUAGUAAUCCAGAGUUCAUUACCUUUGAAGUUCUGCUUCUUAAUUUCGUGCCUAGCUCUGCAUGCUGACUGUGCAAAACCUCUUUCCUACUCUUACCCAUAUAGUUGGAACCAAAAUGUACUCCCGACAAUUAUGUCCUUCCCCUCCCACUGCAAGUUCCUCUCCAGCUCUGAGCAGAUGUCCUAAACUGUGGUAACCAGAUUCCUGCUCUCAGCUAAGGAGAACAGUGUCUAUCUCCCUGAUUAUACUGUCCAAUAAUACAUUUCUUUUAAUCCUCCCACUUCAAAGACUUCCUGUACUGUGAUGUUAUGGUCAAUCAACUCCUUCACACCACAGCCCUCACUCUUAUCCUUAUAAGCUGCACAAACCUCAGACCUUUUGGAGAAUUGCAAGUGCUAGGCAAGUGCAGCCCCUCCACUGCUACCUUCUCAAUCCCCUUACCUGUUUCAACGUGCAGUCACACUCUCCUGUACCUGACCACCGAGCAAAUCAGACAAAGCCAGCCAAAGGCAUGUUUCUGCCUGAGCUGAAACUCCUCAAGCUGCAGACGUUUAAAAGCAGACGUGUUUGCUUUUGCAGCAAAAUCCAGGAGAUCCUACAUACUGAAAUCCUGUCUUCCAAAGAGUAUUUUUACAAAUAAGUCAGCUCUGCUAAAGCAUAGAAAGCAGCUUAAGAUGGAUAACUUACUACCUAAUUACCACUACUCUCAGAGAAUUUGUAUAUCCCUUUUUGUGCAUCACUUCUUUUAUGCAUCAACAUACCCCUUUUAAACAGUAAUGUAUAGUUAGUUGCUAAAUGUAAACAAAAUAAAAUUAAAUUCGGAAAGAGAUAGACCUUAAGAUCACUUCACUUGCCCAGAUCCUGGCUUCACAGCCCUUGUAGAUCUCCACCCCUGCAGAAUAAUGCCAAUGCAGUUCUAUCAGGUGGACAUUUCUAAUGUUGUUGCCAGACACAUGGUAUAAGCCAAAUAUCCACAGAUGCUCAUUACAUUGAACCAACUGGCUCAUGUAGGUACAAAAGUUAGAAUUUAUUUUCACCUUUCUUAAACAAAUAUUUAACAGCCAACUAAUGAGCCAGAAAGAAAGACUUACAUUUAUAUAGCACCUUUCACAGCUUCAGGAUGUCCCCACGUGCUUUGCAGGCAAUGCAGCACUUCUGCAGUGCAGUCGCUAUUGGAACACAAGGAGAAUGGCAGCCAAUUUACAGACAGCAAUUUCCUGUAAACUGUAAUGCAAUAAUGACCAGAGGAUGUAUAUUUCGGUGUUGGGCGAGGGAUAAAUAUCAGUCAGGACUCAAGGCAGAGCUCUCUUUUUAAAAAAUACUGCCAUAGAUCUUUUACAUUUACUUAAGAGAACAGGUAAUGUCACGAUUUGGUAGCCUAUUCAAAAGACAGUACCACUGGCAGUGCAGCAUCAUCCAAGGUUAUGUGCUCAAGUCAGUUUGUCAGAUAUAUCACCGGGAGGAUAUUAUUGCAUCCUUUCAUGUAGCCCUAGUUUUAUUUUGAGUGAAACUAUCCUCCAAUUGAUGCAGUAUAUUUUCUGGUUUGUUUUCUACAAUGACAUUAACACACUAUAUCCAACUGCCCACAUAUUCCCCUCCAGCCACAUCCCAAAUCUCCAGUCCUUCCCUUAGCUUUGCUCCUAACCCUCUUACCCCUUCUGCUUCUCCCCUGGCUUUAGGGAGCCCGGACCCUGAUGAAGAUGAGGACCUGAUAACAGUGGAGUUUGAUGAUGGUGAUACUGGACGCAUUCCUCUUUCACACAUACGCCUUCUGCCUCCAGAUUAUAAGAUUCAAUUGUCUGAUUCAGAGACUGGCUUCUUCUUAACAGGUGCAGAGCCAUCCCCAGCUCUGCUAGUGCCCAACACCAAGCGGCAAAGCAGGAAGUCCAGCAAGGAUGCCAUGGACAGCAAAGAGGCUGGUGCCCAGGGCACUGACAACAGCGCAGUGAAAAGUAAAGGCCGAGGGAGGAAAACGUCCACCGCCAAAGGGAAAGCUGGAACUGACUCGGUUUCAGAGCAGACGGAGGUUCCCGGGCUGGUGGAGGGUCAGACUGACGUGGAGGGCCAGAGUAAGCAAGUUGCAAAAGCGACAAGAAAGUGCCUCCCAAAAAGGAGUGGGGUCAGUGCUGCGGCCAAGGCCCCCAGUGAGAGGAAAAAGAAGGUGGCGAAGGUGAAGCUUGUCCCGAAACAAAGCGCGCAGCAGCCAGCCACUUUCCCAGCUCCGGUCUUUGGCAACGUCCUCGGCCUGGAAACGUACGGUGAACUGCCGGACCCGUUUGCCCCCUCCGAGGGCACGGGAGCGAAUGCGAAGGCAAAGAAGGGGAAGAAAACAGAGGAAGAGGCCCAGGAAUUUGGGAACGGCGGGAAAGGACUGAGGAAGCAACAGGAGGCGGAGAUUCUCGUCAAGUUGGACCACGAAGGGGUAAUGUCACCCAAAACGAAGAAGACCAAAGCCAUGAUGAUGGAAGAUCAAAACCUGACAGGCAAGGUGGACAGCAAGAUCAUGCUCAACGUGAGCUACCCCACAGCAGCCGGGGGCUGUGAGGUGAAGCAGAAACCGUCAAAAAGUAAGGCUGCCAAGAAGGAACCUAAUGCGGGCGCUGCGUACUCCGGGGGGACUUUUGGCAGCACCGAGUCCAAAGCCAAGAUGAAGAACAAAGAGAAGGAAGAUGGCAAUAGCAGUGCGAGCAGCAGUAGCAGUCCCGAAUCCGAGGGGGAGGAAGAUCGGCAGAAUGAUGAGAGAGAAGCUCCGCGGAAUAGCAGCACCGCGAGUUCCAGGGCCUCGUCACCAGUGUCCUCAUCGUCGUCGUCCCAGUCUUCCUCCUCCAGCUCCUCGUCCUCAUCCUCUUCCUCGUCUAGCUCAUCUUCUUCAUCCUCCACGACCGAUGAAGACUCGUCCUGCAGCUCUGAUGAGGAGGAAGCCGACUUCCAGUCUGCCUCUCCGCCCGGCCCGUCGUCAGGGCAACAGGCGCGCCUGCCCCCUGAGCCCCGACCCCAGCAGCAAGCCCGACGGCAGAAGCAGAAACAGCAGCCCAGUAAGAGCAAGAGCAAACCCAAGAAACGAGAAGGUGUCCACCUGCCAACCACCAAGGAGCUGGCCAAACGACAGCGGCUGCCAUCAGUGGAGAACAGGCCCAAAAUCGCAGCCUUCCUUCCUGCCAGACAGCUUUGGAAAUGGUUCGGCAAACCCACCCAGGUAAGUAGAGUCAUACAGCGCAGAAACAGACCCUUCAGGCCAACUCGCCCAUGCUGUUCUGUGCAGGUUUCCUGACCUAAACCA